AAAAAUAGCCUGCCUGCUGUAAGCAUUCACCAAGCAGGAUAUCAGUUGGUGCAUCUGAAAGAGGGAUGGGGGACCUUUUCUUAAUCCAGCAAGUUGGUUAAGUAUUCAUUGAAGAGAACUUUUAUUGCAUGCUGACAAUAGGCUUUGGCCAAAGAGUUACAAAAUGAUGUCCACGUGGUAAGGCGACAAAUAAGAGAGCUUAAAAAAAUGAAGAAAAACAGGGACGCCUGUAAAACCUCAACCCAUAAAGCCCAGACCUUGGCAGCUUCUAUCCUGAACAUUUCACGGUCAGAUUUAGAGGAAAUACUAGACACAGAAGAUGAAGUGGAAAUUGAAAAAACAAAAAUUGAUGCUGAAAAUGACAAGGAAUGGAUGUUGUACAUUCAGAAACUUCUUGAAGGACAGCUUCCUUUUGCCUCAUAUUUACUAGAAGCAGUACUGGAAAAAAUAAAUGAAAAAAAGAAACUAGUUGAAGGAUAUUUCACAAUUAUGAAAGAUAUUAGAUGAUAUUAAAAUGGAGAGCUUUAUUACAAAUGUGAAAACUUUUUAUGUGGUGUGAUUGGAAUAUAUGCAUUGCAAUCCUGAUACAGUAUCUGCUCCAACUAUCAAUACUCAGGUUCAAUACAAAAAUAAGAAGUCUCUGAAAAUAAUUAAUUGCUGAACAAGUGAAACUAAUUAAGUGCAUAGCCAUUUAAAAGGAAAUAGUGUAGCAUUUGAUUGUUGAAUACAAAUAUUGCCACAAAUCAAUGCAAACUUAAAAAUGAUUUUCCUUCUAGUGCAUUAAAAGAAACUGAACAGGCUUGGCACACAAAUUGGUCUGAGCAUAGGAAGAAAAAGUAUCAACUAAGGAUUUAAUGUUUUAAGUUUCAUAAAGAAACUAGAUUUUUUACAUAAAACUGCUACAGAUGGCCAUAAGUGGUCCAGGGAGCAACAGAUUUGUAUUACGAGCAAAUAUAAAAUGAAGCAUCAUAACUUGAGCAUUUAUUGAAAUAAAUUGUGUGGUCCAAUUGAAUCUGUUCUCAUUGAUGUGCUGGUUUAUGUAGGAGAUACUGUGUAUUUGUACAACUAUUUGGCAAAAAUAAAAACAUUUUCUUCUCUCUCUUAAAUUCACAAUAGUAUAUGUUGUGUAAUCAUAUAAAUUCACAGGGGACCACAAACCCAGUGUAUAAAAUUAGGCUCUAAUUAACAGAACUACUACUGUGGUCAACUAAUUAUUAAAGUUACAUUCUUAACUAUGAUGUCAUUCUUGCUUAGAUUCCUGAACAUUCCCACCUCAUUUCACCUCUUCACCAUGUUCCUGCCAUACCCUUUUCGGUUCCUCUAAUUCACCAAACUGGUGCCUGCCUCCCACAUUUGCCCUUGGUCUUCUCUCUUUCUAGAAUACUCUGCACUCAACUUUCCUCAUGGCUGGCUCCUUCUCAUCAUUCAGGUCCAGUUUCCCCGGUCCCUCAGAGACACAUUCUCUGACCAGCUUACUAUUUUAUUUCCUCAUAGCACAAAAUUACCUAUCUGUUCAUGUAUUUGUUUUCUUGUUUAUUUUCUUUUUUCCCCUCUUUAGUAUGUAGGUCCCAUGAGAUUAAAACAAGGGUUGGCAGAUUAUAGCCUGCAGGGCGAAUCUGGCCUGCUACCUGUUUUGUAUGGCCCACAAGCUAAGAAUGAUUUUUGCCUUAUUAAAUGGUUUUUAAAAAAUCAAAAGGAGAAUACUAUUUUGUAGCAUGUGAAAAUUAUAUAAAAUUCAAAUUUUGGUGUCCUUCAAUAAAGUUUUAUUGGAACAC